GUUAGAGGUAGAGAAACAUCGAUUUAACAUCGAUAAAUUAAUUAUUCUUUCGAUGUAUCUAAAUCUCUAGUGUUUACGGACAAAUACAUGUACAUAUGUAUAUUCAGUUUGUGAUUUCGUCCUUGUUUAGUGUAGUCGUUAAUAAUGUUCCGCUUGCUACCAUGUAGCUCCAUAAAGAUUCUACUUAUAAUGCUCUCCGUCAACAUUUUCUGGCUAGUCAGGGUUUAUCCACCAGCAUAUAACACGAACGCCGGACAAAGUGUGCCGCAAUUGAAGGCUGAAGCUGUGCCAGGUUGUCCACAGAAUCUGGAGGUUGUCAAUAAACCAUUGCCUUUGCCAAAAUACAAUUUUGAGGGUGCUUCGCCAGUGAAAAAUAAUAACACAAUCUCAUUAACGUUUGAUAAUAUUGACUUACGAUAUGGACGGUGGGACAGCCAGCAAAUGUACAAAAUAAAGGAUUUCGCUGUUGUCGGAGAUCAAUAUGCGGAAUCAUCUAAAACCAGUUUGAUAUGUCUGGCUACCCAGAGCUCUGUAGAACGAUUAUAUUCGCUGCCUCAGGUUGCUGAAAAUUGGCGUGGUCCUUUAUCAGUUGCCUUAUUCUCCGCUGGUAAUGAAGAAUACAUUGUUUUACGAUAUUUUGUGACGUAUUUACGUUUGUGCUUUCCAAAUGUGAAGGCGAAUGCCACAUUUCAUAUCUUAGUACCACGGGAAUUUGACAAUUUACCAACAGUUCAAAUGGAUACUGUGAAUAUUAAAAAUAAAUACAAUUGUCAAUAUCCAGAGCGAACCCUAAAGGCUCUGUUAAAGUUUCGUACGGCCAAGACUUUAGAAUGGCGACAAAAAAAUACAUAUCCACAGAAUCAUAUGCGGAAUGUGGCUCGCAAAGGAUGUCAAUCGAAAUAUGUUUUUCUAACAGAUGUCGAUAUCAUACCCAGCAUCAACAGUGUUGUGCAACUAAAUCAUUUCUUCAAGACCGCGCGUUGUGAGGGAAGUUGUGCGUAUGUGAUUCCCACAUUUGAAAUUGAUGUUCGUGCUACAUUUCCGCGCACCAAAGAUACGCUCAUAGCAUUAAUUAAAAAAGGGCUCGCCAGGCCAUUCCACGAAAAAGUUUUCAUUUACAAUCAAUAUGCGACAAAUUUCACAAGAUGGCUUUUAUCAAAACGAAAUGAGACUGCAGUCAGCGUUAGUCAUACGGUUACGAACUUUGAGUUUUUAUAUGAGCCUUUUUACAUCGCCAUAGAUAAAGUGCCAGUUCACGAUGAACGAUUUACUGGUUAUGGAUUUACAAGAAAUUCCCAAGUAUAUGAAAUGUACGUGGCUGGAUACAAAUUUCUGGUGCUAUCGCCAGUUUUCACCUGCCACUGGGGUCUUCAAAGGAAGCAAGCGCGGCCCGCUUGGCGAGAACAGCAAAAUAACGCGAAUCGAAAGAAAUUUGAUGUGUUUAAAAGUGAAAUAUUUGCGCGUUAUAAAAAUGAUCCACAUUUGUAAAUAAACUUUUUAACUUA